GCACAUUAGUUGGCAGUUCAAACACUGAGACAAUAUUUUCCCCUUUUCUGCAAUUAAAGCGAUGAGUGUUUACAUCCUCCAUGUUUGCAUGCUGUUCCACAUUCAAAGUGCAUUGUUUUCUGGAAGAAAACAUCCACCCGAGCCCUCCCUGCAUUCGUCCGAAAGCUCUCCAAAUCCCCAUUUCAUCGAGAAACGGAGAUGUCUAUCUAGUGUUUCCUUAUUUUUCUGCAGGAAGGCACUCGACUUGUUGACUUCCUCUCCCCUCCCUUCCUUCCCUUCUCUCCGAAGGUACUCAUCUGAAAAAUGAGAACAAAGUGAUUGUUCCUGUUCUCUUUCUUAAGUCCCUCCAAAAAAGCUCAUCUGUGGAAGGGCCGCGCAUUGUCAGGAGGGAGCGGGAGGGAGAACGGCCGCACGGAGCCACGGCACCACGGCAAAACAACUCUGGCGCAGCAGGAUCAAGAUGGAAACAGUCCAUUUCUCAACAUCAACAAGACCUCGAUUCAGAGAAGACGCUCGUCAACCAGAUCAGCACAGGUUCUAUGUUACCCAACCUUCCAUCAUUAUUAAGACCCCUAAGUGUUCCCUGUCAAGAUAUCCCAAUGGAGACAGCGGUAGCCCACCGCAGGGUUCGCCUGAUUUUGUCUCCAUGCUGAGCCCGAGUCACAUCCACACAGAAGGGUCCCAAAAACGCAAAAGGACUCCUUUCAAAAUGGAUGCCCAUGAGUGUGAGAGUGGUGAGGAGGAGGAAAGAGGCAUCCCGAAAUCAGGCAACCUCGCCCACAUCUCCUUCCCGUCUCAUCCCGUUCCCUUCUCACCCACUGUCUCACCCGGUAUGAUCGAGCUGAGCAGGCUGCAGUUUCAUCGCAGGACCGCCCCCGUUGACAUUCCGGUACAGGUGAAGCGGGAGCCUCUCAGUCCCCCUCCAAUGUGGCCUCCACCUCCUUUCCUCAUCCACCCAUCAUACUUCCCACCUCUCCACCACAGCCUCAUCCCAUAUCCCUUCUUCAUGCCCGGCCCCGUCGUGCCCUUCCCGCCCAGGGAGGACGUCAGGCCCGCGCACCGCGGUCUCGACGCCCCCCCUCGAGGCGGGCCGAGGGCCGGCGAGAAGCCCGGCUUUGACGUCCACGUGGACGACAGCUACUACGUGGACGUGGGCGGCGAUCAGAAGCGGUGGAAGUGCCGCAUGUGCGACAAGUCCUACACGUCCAAGUAUAACCUGGUCACGCACAUCUUGGGCCACAAGGGCAUCAAGCCCCACGGGUGUCACCUGUGCGGGAAGCUCUUCAAGCAGCUGAGCCACCUGCACACGCAUCUGCUCACCCACCAGGGCAUGAGGCCUCACAAGUGCCAGGUGUGCCACAAGGCCUUCACCCAGACUAGCCACCUGAAGAGACACAUGAUGCAGCACAGUGACGUCAAGCCUUACAGCUGCAGCGUGUGUGGCCGAGGCUUCGCCUACCCCAGUGAGCUUCGCGCCCACGAGCUGAAGCACGAGAAAGGCCAGGACAACGUGUGCGUCGAGUGCGGUCUGGACUUCCCCACGCUUGUCCAGCUCAAGAGACAUUUGACUGCCCACCGCGGCCCCACCUUGUACAGGUGCACCGACUGCCAGAAGACAUUCCAAUACCCAAGUCAGCUGCAGAACCACAUGAUGAAGCACAAAGACAUCCGGCCGUACAUCUGCAGCGAGUGCGGGAUGGAAUUCAUCCAGUCGCACCACCUCAAGCAGCACACGCUCACUCACAAAGGCGUGAAGGAGCACAAGUGUCGUAUCUGCGGCCGAGAGUUCACGCUGCUGGCCAACAUGAAGCGCCACGUGCUCAUCCAUACCAACGUGAGGGCCUACCAGUGCCACAAGUGCUUCAAGAGCUUUGUCCAAAAGCAGACGCUCAAGGCCCACAUGAUCGUCCACUCCGACAUCAAGCCUUACAAGUGCAAGCUGUGCGGCAAGGAGUUCAACAGGAUGCACAACCUCAUGGGUCAUAUGCACCUCCACUCGGACAGCAAACCCUUCAAGUGCCUCUACUGUCCCAGCAAGUUCACUCUGAAGGGAAACCUCACCAGACACAUGAAGGUGAAGCACGGCAUCAUGGACAGAGGGUUGGAUGAAAGAUUGUUCCGACAACGAGGACGCUUCUGCUUCUCCUCACCCAUGAGCCUCCUGAGUCGUUUCAACCAAAAAGAGCCGUUUGAUCUUUCCCAGAAGCCUCCAGGCCUUCCCGGUCUUCAUCUUCCCCAGUCUGACGGCGAGAGUGUGCCUGGUAGCUCUUGCCAGGAGGAGGAUGAGGAGAGUUUAUACAGACACAGUCAGUACAGCCCUGACGAGGAUCAACACGAGCGCUCGGGGCGUGAGGUGGUGGGAGGCCGGGGGUCUCCGGCUAGAGACGGACACUUGAAUGCAACAUGGAGACGGAUUGAGUCUCGGCCUCGUUACGAGGCGGCUGAGAGAAGUCACAGAGAGUCAGGUGACCACGCUGCUGAGUCUGAAUUGGAAGAGGAGCUUGACAAUGUGACAAAGAGCAAAUUACAGAGAGACAUUGUCAGGGAAUCGACCGGGCCACUGGGCAGGGAAGAAAAAGCAAAGAAAGAGGAUGAAGAGUAAAAAGAGGACGCAGGUUUUGCAGAAUGCUGAGAGUUGAGACGAUGUGCAGACUACUCACAAAAUGUUCGGGGUAUUCAACUUUCAGGUGAACUUAAUCAGACCAUCUCUAAACUUUUGAAUGCACUUGUCCAACUGUUAAUGUUGCAAUGCUACUGUAUUUGCACAACUUGCUGUUCUCUAACAAACAAAGACCUGAAUGGUCUGUUCGAUCUAUGGACAAAUACGUAUCUUGGUUCAAUGGGAAUUGGUAUGUCAAACAGCCGUCUCCAUCAUCCUGUUGCCAUUUUCACAUCAUGAGACGACGCCUAACAACUGAUCGAAAGUACCUUGCCAUUGCGAGAUUUCAAACAGGAUGUGGUCAGGGGGAAGUGGUCACUGUGCACAAAUUGUAAUCAGCAGGUUAAAAAAGAGGUAGGGAAAGACGGGAAGAAUCACAGAGAGGUAUAGAAAUGGAUAUGUGCCUGCAAAAGUUCAGAGAAUGUCAAAUUAAGUUUGAGGUUUAUCCUGAAAUUCACCCAAAAGCUAAAUAUCCAUCACUUUUAUUGUGUGUGAGUGGUGUAUAUGUGAGGACUGAAGGACGUGUGCAUGAACUCAGCUGACUGCAAAAUGAACCGUAGCAAUGAAAGCUGUGAAGAAUACAUCUUGUACAAUUGCUCUCAGGUGCAAGAAAGAACAUUCUACAAGAAAAAGUAUAUGUAGUUAUUUGGAAUACGUUCCACUCUAACCGCAUUUCUUCAAAUAGUGGCCGCCGCUCUGAUAGGCAUCAUGAAUAAAUAAAAAUGAAUAGACGCCUCCUUAUUUUCAUCCGUUAUCCAUUUUCUAUACUGCUUGUCCUCACUAGAGUCACGGAUGAGCUGGGGACUCUCCUAGCUGACUUUGGGUGGGAGUCGGGGUACACAUAGCCAAACAAUCAUUCACAUUUUUAAAUCUAGAAUCUGCAAUUAAGAUGCAUGUUAUUGGAAUGUGGGAGAAAGCCAACACAAGCACAGAGAGACUAUGCAAACACGAGAUUGGAACCUAUGACCUCUCGACUGUGAGGCUGUCUUGCUGACCACAAGUUCACCUUGCUGCCCGACUCCUUUUUUUUCCCCCCAUAGAAAAAACAAAUAGGUGGUGCCACUUGGUUUAUGAUGACUGAUAUGUUUACAUGUCAUCGCUGUUUCUAUACCACAACACACACGGCAUUGUAAAGCAGACACGGCAUCUGUAAAGCUGAUGCUUAAAGAGAAAGUGUUGUGCUGUAUAUUGCACUGCAUAUUCCAGAGUAAAAGCUGAGAAACAUUCCAAGAUCAAUGGGGAAAAUUCUCUACCCUUAGGUGAGUGAUGGCACCCAUAAUAUAAUAUAGAAUAACAUGCUUUUUAUAAUGCUACAUAUCACAGUAAAUAUUUUAUUUAUAUUGCGCAAAAUGGUAUAGCAGGAGGCACGGUGGACGACUGGUUAGAGCGUCUGCCUCACAGUUCUGAGGACCCGGGUUCAAUCCCCGCCCCCGCCUGUGUGGAGUUUGCAUGUUCUCCCCGUGCCUGCGUGGGUUUUCUCCGGGCACUCCGGUGUCCUCCCACAUCCCAAAAACAUGCAUGUGGGUAAAUUGAUGACUCGAAAUUGCCCGUAGGUGUGAAUGUGAGUGCAAAUGUUUGUUUGUUUGUUUAUAUGUGUCCUGCGAUUGGCUGGCAACCAGUCCAGGGUGUACCCCGCCUCCUGCCCAGUGAUAGCUGGGAUAGGCUCCAGCAGCCCGCUUCCCUAGUGAGGACAAGCGGCUCAGAAAAUGGAUGGAUGGAUAGAUGGAUGGUAUAGUAUAUUAAUCUAAAUAUGAUUUAAUAUUAUUAUAGAAUUUUUUUUAAACAUAUAAUAGCCUGCCCCUGGUACUCUCUGCAGUUGAGUAAAUAAAUACCCUUUGCCCCUAUAUGAGGAAUUACGGUAUUUCAAGUCAUUAGAUGUUUUUUAUAUAUGGUGUGAAUGAUGUGAGCUACUCCAAUCAUUGAGUCUAUUUUUGAAAUAAACUGUGAUUUUGCA